AUGGGUGAAUCAAAAGGAUCCCCCUUCACCGCCUCAUUGCCCUCCCACCCAUCUAACUUGAGCGACCUUCGUGCAGUCAAUAGCGACAGCUCAUGCUUCAUCACAAAUCUUGCGACUGAACUCGUUCAUCAUAUCAUCGACUACAUACCUCCCGCAUCUCAGAUUGACUUCGCAUAUACCUGCAAGCAUUUAUUCGCAUGCUCUACAGAUGUUCUCAAACGCCAUCGCGACGCUUAUACAAAGUAUGGUGUCUCGUCUGAUAUUGACCCAACGACUGUUCCCACACUCCUCCGAAGCGCUUACGGAUAUUGUGACCCAAUCCUCGCCUGGCACGUUCGAAGUCUGGAGGUUUGGUAUGAUCGUACAGGAUGGGACGCAUGGAAGACGCUUGACUUUGAAGUUCCGGUCGAUCAGAGCCUACGCUCGCCAAUAACCUGGGACUUCAUACCCGGUGAAAUCGACGACUAUCUGGAGCCAUUGGAUCAAGCACAGAGUGGCUUGCUUCCCGCACGCGCUGAGGAAGCACGUACGCAGAUUGUCGAGGGCCAUGACAUUUACCUUAAGGCUCUCUUGAUUGCAAGUUGUCCUAGGCUUCGGGACGUCAAGUUCGUCAUGACGGCGCGUGGUGGGACCGCAUCGAGAUCAUGUCUCGACUGGCUUGAAAUCUUAAUCAACAACUCGUACAACAAGAAAACUCCUUGGGGACCAGGCCUCGAAAAGCUCAGUUCGGUCGCUAUUGGUCUGCCCACCGGAACUUGGAUGGAUUCCGCCUACCAUCCCAAUACCUGGCCUUCCAACACAGGCUUCCUCAUGCAACUCCUCCGUCUCCCAAGCCUGGAAAAACUAUAUUUCAGAGACUGCGAAGGUGUUCAAGACGACGAUACGCCUUGGGAGGACCUUCUACCUGCUGAAACUUCUCCCAUCAAACACCUCUUUUUGGACAAUUGCGAUGAGUUGGGGCAAGAAUUUAUCGCUGCUCUUAUCGCUGCCCCGUCAGGCCUGAUCACAGCCUCUUUCCGUGCCGGCAAUGCUCUACUCGAAGACGCGGAUUCACUUGUUCGCAAUCUCGGUACCUCCCAAGGAAACACCUUGGAAAGCCUGAUGUUCUAUGACUACCAUGACAAGCCAAGGAGUAUUCACGGGUAUCGCUGUUCCGCCUUCCGCCCAGAAGAACUCAGCAACAUGAAGAAAUUGAAGCACCUCUGCAUAGAUAUCCAAGACAUCGAGCUUGAAGCCUGCUACAACAGAGAUGACAGCGCAGAAAAAUGGGAAAGCGAUGGAGCGUACCUGGAACGCUGUUUCCUAGAGAGUGUAUGGAGCUACGAGGUUCUGAUCUUGUGGGGAUCGCUCAGCGAAUAUUACAUCAAAUGGGAACCAAACGAGGAACAAGGCUUCGAAGAUGCGAUUAUCUCUCUAAUCGGAGUUCCAGGGCCUGAAAUUUUAGUACCACAAGCUGUGUAUCUGGAGAAUGUGGAGAAAAGCAGUGGGCCAAUUACUACAUUUAGUCCUGGACGCGGAGGAGAACCCUCGCCCAACGAGAAAAGCAAGGUCUGGUUUCGUCGUGCGAUUGAAGUCGCGAGGAAGAGGGGUAGGGAUCUUCACACGCUUACGAAUCGCACCAAGCCGCGUCAUCAGAUUCAGUUCCCUGAGGCGCCUGACAAGUAUGAUCUCAAAACUGGUCCGUGGGGCGAGAGACCGCAGGAUUGGGUCUUCAAUGUGUAUACGGGUCGAAGGGAACCUGAAGGCUUAAAGAGAUGUGGGAUGGGCUGGAGAGGGAGCCGGGAAGGGUGA